GAAAUUUGGUCGUUUAUGAUAUUAGCCACUUCACAUAACAUAACUGGCUUGACUCGGUUCCCUUUGUUUGGUGCCAACCAACCUAACUACGCCCAACUUUCAGAUAGCUUUCCCCUGUGCACGAGUGGGUUUUCAUCUUCAAUUCAAGAACAGGGAUAUGGGUGUAGCCAUCAAUGAAGCUAUAGCAGUUUGAGUCUUGUAAUGCAAACAACGGAAGCUAUGGCAUUCAACAUUUUUGUAACCAUAUUUUAGAAGACUUAGAAUUUUCAAUUUACAAUUUUGUAUCACACAACCGUGAUCUGCAUAUGUUGUAGCGUCACACCUUCCCUAACCAUGUCAUUAGCUGCGACACUCUCUCCCUUAUCAUUUCAAACACUUAAAUCUCGUCAACAAGUAUUUCACUCCAUUUAUCUCCAUCGGCACACCUUGAAUUUCAGACUCAGAUUUUUACCUUUUCAAACUCCUUUUCGCCUUCAAGCCUCAAGAAGAAUCUCCAAUUCUCCCCAGGGUAGUGAUACUCUUGUGGAUGAUCCACGCAGUUGGAGCCGUUCUAUCAGCUCUGAAUACAGUAGACAUGGUGAUGAUGAAGAUGACGAUGAUGAUGAUGAAGAAGAAGAAGAUAGAAGUCUUGAUCUUUUGAUUAAGUUCGUCCAGAAUGUUUUUAAGAAGAUCUCUAGGCGUGCUCGACGAGCUGUACGAUCAGUUCUUCCAAUAGUUAUCCCAACCAAACUGGUGGGAUUUUCUGUCAAUGGAGUGCUAAUUCUUGCUUUUUUGUGGAUUUUGAAGGCGUUUCUUGAGGUGGUUUGCACCAUCGGUAGUGUAGUUUUUGCGAGCAUCUUACUCAUCAGAGGAAUAUGGACUGGGUUAAUCUAUUUGCAAGAAAACCACAAUCUUUCAAUAAAGGACUUUGAUGACGAGAAUGGCGCAUGGGAUCGUGUUAAGCCUGCUUGACAACUGACAAGCCUGCUUCUAUAACAGAUGUAGUUUGUUCUAGAUAGGAAUCUUGGAUACAAAAAUUGCUUACCUUUCUGGAGAUCAAGAACUAACUACAUCUGUUAUCAUAUAAUAAACAUUUUCUAAGGUAGCAAGGUCUACCUUUCUGUAUCAUCAUCACAUAUCAGAUCAGAUCUACAGGUAUAAAUAAAUCUGGCAUGAUUAUGCCUGUCUCGUGUAUUGUAUUCAUAUCAUAUGUUUCAUAACUUAGGACUUUGGGGUAAUGAAAUGGAAUGCAAAAAAAAUUAAUAUUUA